CAAAUUAGAUGGCCCAGGGCGCCUGUGCUUUUGGGAAAGAUGGCGGUUAUUAAAGAAGAGACUGAGGACAUUAGACUUACAGAAUCAUACCAAAUAAAGACUGAAGAUCAUCAGGAAGAAAAAGAUCUAAAAGUGGACGUUCACAAACUUGCUGAUGUGGAGAAACCUGAGGAUUCGAUAACUGGAGAAAAAUCUGUCUUUGGCUCACAGAGUGAUAAUAUCUUGCCAAAAAGUGCUGAAAAAACAGGAUCCAAAUCCUUCAGCUGCCAUCAAUUUGAAAAAAGUUUCAUAUGUAAAGGGCAACUCAAUCGACAUAUGAUAAUCCACACAGGAGAGACUCCUUUCACCUGCAAACUAUGUCAUAAGAGUUUCUCGCUCAAAGGAAACCUUAGGAAACACAUGCGAGUUCACACCGGAGAGAGGCCUUUCACCUGUCAUCAAUGUGACAAAAGUUUCAUAUGUAAAGGGCAUCUUAAUAGACACAUAAGAAGUCAUACAGGAGAGAAGCCUUUCUCUUGUGAGCAAUGUGGAAAAAGCUUCACUCAAAACGCAAACCUUAAAAGCCAUAUGAUGACCCACACAGGAGAAAACCAAUUCACCUGCCAUCAGUGUGGAAGGAGUUUCUCGCUCAAAGGAAACCUAACCAAUCACAUGCGAAUUCACAGCGGAGAGAAACCUUUCACCUGCCAUCACUGUGGAAAGAGUUUCACACAGAAAGCAACACUCAAUAAUCACCGAAGGAUUCACACUAGAGAAAACUGUUUUAUAUGUCAUACAUGCGGGACAAGUUUCAGAAACAUGGAAGAGCUGAAUAGACACAAAGUAAAUCACACCGGAGAGCCUUUCACCUGCACGCUGUGCGGAAAGACUUUUAAGUCAAAUAAAAUCCUGAAGUGUCACAUGAUGCUUCACACUGGAGAGAAACCUUUCACGUGCCCUCAAUGUGGAAAAGCUUUCGCAAAUAAAGGAAACCUCGAGAUUCACAUAAGAAGUCACACUGGAGAGAAGCGUUUUAAAUGCCCCGAGUGUGGAAAAACUUUCACACAUAAAAGAAACUUAAAGAUUCACAUCAGAGCUCACACUGGAGAGAAGCCUUAUGUUUGUCAUCAUCAGUGUCAGGAGAGUUUUGCCCAUCUAAGAGACCUGAAGACUCAUUUAAAGGUUCGUCAUGGAGAAGGAUUACAGUGUCCCAAAUGUGACAAAAAGUUCAUAGACAUGAGAAUUUUCACCAAACAUCAGCUGUUUCACAUCAACGAAAGAGAAAAGCCGUUUAAUUGUGAUCAAUGUUCCAAAAGAUUUCUCUUGCGCUCACACCUAAUAAGACACUUUACAAAAUUUCAUUCAGAUGAAGUGAAACCUCACUUGUGUGUUUUGUGUGGAAAGACUUUUAAGUUGGUUAACAAUUUAAAAUUGCACCAAAAAAUCCACGCCAGGGUCAAUUAUGUUAAACAACACCGGCGAUUAUAUACUGAAAUCAAACCUGACAAGGGUUCAGAAUUGGAGUCAGAGGUUCAAAGUCGUCCUGCCUCAGAAAUCCUGAAAACACACGAGAGUGUUCAAACUGGAGAGAAGACAUACAAUUGCUCUUCGUGUGGGAUGAAUUUCAGCACAUUGAUUUUUCUUGUAGCUCAUAAAAAAAGACAUUGUACAAAAUAGUCAAGAUGACUCAUCUGAUGUCUGUGCUCAUUCAACAAAGAUAAUAAAGAAGGUGUGAAGAACAGUCCAGUAAUGUAAAUCCUGCUGGUAAAUACCACAUCUGAAUGUGUUUAUUUAGUUUUUGCUUUUGGUCACAAACAAACUGCUAUAUUAAUUCAUUCUCUUCGUUGUUGGGUUUUUUUUUGUUAGAAGCCCAUAAAAACAAGAAAAGUCCCACUGUAGAUAAUACGAUCACGGUACUUAAAGAAGUACAUUCUGGGGCCAUUUUAAAAAUGAGUUUACAUAGGAACAUGCGGAAUUGUGAAAUAAAGACCUUUGGAUCAUAAGGAAUAAAAUGGGCUAGGCUAAAUGCUAACACAUUCACAACGCGCUGUACAAAGAUUAAGUGCACACACUGAAAAAAAUUUGGUGCGUAUUAAUUUGCCCAAGUUGGGGUAAAACAUAGUAAAAUAUUGAAAAUAGUGGUGUUUUCUUUUAAGCCAUAAAGUAGAAAUGUAUUCUGUGCUUUUAGUUUCACCUAGGGCAAAACAGAUCAUUAACACUUUCUCCUUUUAAUUAUGUACAUGUUUGUCAUUAAAACUGUCUAUAUACAAAAAGUAGGCACAAUGUUAGCAUUUUAUCAGUCAGAAGCAGUGGCAAGUGACUUCCAUAGCAAGAAAAAAUAUUAUGAAAGUAAUUGUGAUAAUUGAUGAAGAAGAUAUUUUGAUAAAUGUUUGAUAAAAGUUAUUUUUUUAUUCCUGCUAUGGAAGUCAAUGGUUACAAUCAGCUGUGUGCUUACCAUCAUUUAUCAAAAUAUCUUCUUUUGUUCAUCAAAAAAAAAAGAAUUUCAUACAGGUUAAGAACAACAUAAGGAGGAAAUAAUGAUGACAGAAUUUUCAUUUUGAGUGAACUAUCCCUUUAAUGAAACAAAAUAUAUUUUACCUUGAGUAAAAGUUGUUCAGGUAAUCUGACUUCAUGAUAAACCUUAAACUUACUUCAGUUUUGGCAAAAAAAAGUAAUUUAAAAGUAAAUACGGAUUAAUCAUUUUUACGUAGAAAUUACUCAGGAGCAGUGAGUGCUUUUCUUUUCUUCUUUUGAUAUUUAAUUAACUUUAAUGACAGGCUUCAAGAGGUUAGGCUUAUUAUAAGACCGAAUGCAGUAAAAUAUUUAUUUGUUUAAGACAUAAAGUAACCAUUUGUUAACUAUAAUACUCACUAAGACAGCUAUUUUGACAUAUGAGCAUUUGUCUGUUUAAGCCAAAAAGACGAGCACAUAAAGCCAUAAAGUUUUGUACAACAGAAUUUACUCCUCAAUAAACCAUGUAUACACGGAUGGAUCUAAGGACCCAAUAU